AUGCCGAAAGAGACGGAGCAGAGGCAGGCACCUCCAUCGGCAGACGACUCGUCUGCCGCGAGGUUUGAACAGGAUCUCCAAGAUCUCGCCUCCAAAGCAAAAAACGACACGUUUAUCAACCGCAGCUUGCAUCUGCUGUCCGUCUACGCCCGGGUCGGCUUCCUGCUCGCUCUGCUCGGCGUCUACUCCAACGUCUCGCAGCUCAACCUCUCACCAGUCUAUGGGUCCAUACCGGCCUCCAUCUAUCACGGCAAGCUGCUUAUGACGGGCUGCUUCGUCGGCUGGGCCACCAACGUCGCACUGUGCCAGUUCUUGCCCAUCAAAGCCUCGCAGGCCAUCCCGAUUGUUGCCCUCUACGCACCCGCCGUCCAGUGCUUUCUCUUCCGAUACAGCGGACUGCUGGGCGCCCAAUGGGGACCCGUCAUCACCGAGGGACUGACGCUGUUCCCUUUGGCCGUGCUCACCGCCGCCGCCGCCGCGGACGAGCUUGAGAAUGCGCGGCUAUCGAUGCUUCCCAGAGCCAUCGCGGACGCGGCCCCCGGCGUGGGGUCCUGGGGCCUGCUCAAGCUGGUCGAGCAGCACUCGGGGAAGCACCUGCAGGCCAACAUGGGCAGGAUGAUCGUCUACACCCGUCUUGGCCUGGAGCUGAUGCUCGGCGCGCUGCAUGCCGUCGUUGCCCGGUCGAGAUACCUCGUAUACGCCGUCCCGCCGCUGCUGCACACGAUUCUCGUGAACCCGCACGUCAGCUCCCCGGCGGCGACGGGAGCUCUCGUCAGCAGCAUGAUGUCCGACGGCUGGCUUCUCCUGGACCGUCGGGAAUCUGUCACCGGCUAUCUGUCGGUUGUUCAGAACAUGAACGAAGGGUUCCGAGCCAUGCGAUGCGACCACAGCCUCCUCGGCGGUCACUGGACCCAUGUCGACGGAGGGAAGGUCUUGGAGCCGAUAUACGGCGUCUUUGCCAUGCUCGAGGCCGUCCGCAUGGCCGAAUCGGAGACUCCGGUGGCAGACAAGGACGCUCAUGCGCUCGUCGUCGGGCUUGGAGUAGGAACGACUCCCUCGGCUUUCGUCACCCACGGCAUCAACACAACCGUGGUGGAGAUCGACCCGGUCGUCUACGAGUUUGCCUCCAAGUAUUUUGACGUCAAGGAGAACAACCGUCCGGUGCUAGAGGAUGCCGUCAGCUACACCGCGGCGCUGGCGAAGACUGCACCCGAGACGUUUGACUACAUCGUCCACGACGUCUUCACCGGCGGCGCCGAACCAGUACAGCUCUUUACCCUCGAGUUCUUCGAGGGGCUCCGUGCUCUGCUCAAGCGCGACGGCGUUGUGGCCAUUAACUAUGCCGGCGACCUCGUCCUGCCGACGCCCAGAGUCAUCUAUCGCACCAUCAAGCAGGUCUUCCCCACAUGCCGCACCUUCCGAGAGUCUGCCCGGGACGACGAAGAAAUCAAGGCAACGGGCGUCGAUUUCACAAACCUCGUCUUUUUUUGCAAAAGGACCAAGGCUCCGCUCACUUUCCGCAAGCCAACGGCGAGUGACUACUUGCAGAGCGCCGCGAGAGAGGAAUUUCUGCAGCUCCGGCAUGAGGUCUCGGAGGAUGACCUCCUGUCAAGCAAUGACACGUCGAUUCUACGCAGCAACGGCACGAGCGUCGUGGUUAAGUGGCACGAGCAGAGCGCGCUGGGUCACUGGGCCAUCAUGCGCAGUGCUCUGCCGGCCAAGCUCUGGGAGGAAUGGUGA